UAGCGACUGUACAGUUUGCGGUUGACUUGUUUGUUAACAGCUAAUGCUAAUGCUAAUGCUAGUCGUUCAAAGCCGAAGACACCACCAAAAAUAACAACAGCACAACAACUUUGUUGGUGGCGACUUACCGAUCCAGCACUUACCGGCCACCGAAGGAGAUGCCUUUGCUAGUGACAGACCACUCCUGGACCCAGACACAGUCCAUGGUCUACAUUAGCGUCCCUCUGAAAGGAGCCAAGAAGGUGGACGUGUUGUCAUCAGACGAGUACCUGAAGGUUCAUUUCCCGCCUUUUCUAUUAGAGGUCUUCCUGUCUGAGCUUGUUGACGAUGAUCAAAGCUCAGCAAAGAUUGGAAAUGGGGUAGCAGUCAUCAGUUUGUCAAAGAGGACCAAUAAACUGUGGGAGCAUCUAGCAAUAAGCACAUAUGAUAAAGAAACAAAAAAGGAAAUUAGACUCAGAGCACUGUCCAAAAUGCAGGAAAAGCUUGCUGCAGAAGCCCAAACCAAAUCGGAAAAAAAGCAUAAAGAAAAGAAGUACACUCUGAAGACAAUGAUGAAUAUUGAAAAGGAUGAGCGAGAAAAAAUCCAGAAAAUGAAGGACGACGAAAGAAAGUCAACCACUGCUGAACUAGAAGCGUGGCAAAUGAAGGAGAAGAAGAAAGACGAGGAAGGAGCGAGACUAAAAGUCCAGAGCCGGACAGCCAAUCAAAAUCAAAUAAAAGCUCUUAAAGACAACUUUGACGGAGGCAGGUCACAUGAAUCAAAAGUCAUAUUUGAUCAAAGAAGUGGAAACAAAGACGAGGGCAAGAAAAAACACGUGGCUCUUCCUGCUCCAAGAAUUCCGGGAAACAUAGAGGUCUCGUUCACUCCUCGAGUUUUCCCCACAGCCCUCAGAGAGUCAAUGGUUGCUGAGGAAGAGGAGUGGCUGAAAAAACAAGCAGAGGCCAGACGAACAGUUAAUGCAGAUGUGGAGGAGCUGAACGACUUAAGGGAGGAAGAGAGAAAUCCUGAUUGGUUGAAAGAGAAAGGAAACAAAUGUUUUGCAGCCGGAAACUACCUUGGUGCUCUGAACGCCUACAACCUGGCUAUAAGGCUCAACAGAAAAAUCCCAGCUCUGUAUUCAAACAGGGCUGCGUGUCAUCUGAAAUUACGGAACCUUCACAAGGCCAUCGAGGACUCCUCGAAGGCCCUUGAACUGCUGACUCCAGCCGUUUCUGCCAAUGCUGCGGCCCGAGCCAGAGCACACGUGCGACGAGGGUCUGCUUUCUGCCAAUUAGAGCUUUAUACGGAAGGACUCCAAGAAUACCAAGCUGCCCUGAAGAUUGACCCAAACAAUGAAACACUGCAGGCUGACACACAAAAAAUCCGGGACAUCAUACAAGGCAGUGCACCAUAGCCUGUCACGCAGUAAGAUUCAUGAUACUUAAAUGGCUGCUCAUUCAUUGUUUUAAUAUACGUUUGUGUUUGGUAACUAGGCACAGUAAUUACACGCACACACACACAAACACCUGUGAAAUCAAAAUGUAAUCCUUGCCCGUGUCUACCCCAUAACAAAUACAAUGUUUUGCAUUUUGUUCCCUUACUGUACCCAAACAGAAAGGAACCGUGACCUUAAGACUAAGGUGUGUAUUAAACUCGGAUUAUGGAGCAGGAGUACCAUUAUGUUUUUUUCUGCGUGUACAUUUGGAAUAU